GACGGCAGAAAGACCGUACUAUCCUCAAGCGCUGGCAAGACUAUAUGCGAAGGACAGCCCCGGGGAGUAACCCCCGCAGGCGACCACUCCACAUCCAACACUACAGGCACACAACUACGCACCUACACGGGGUAUGGAGAUGAGACCGGUCCUGAGAAGCGAUUGGGAGGGCCGGGGCAAGGGCCAGGAUAUGAGGGCGAAGAGCGUACAGAGAAUGGCGCGGAAUGGGAGCAGAGGCGUGGCAUGCAACGCAGUGAUAUAACAUAUCGGACUG